GUUGACGGAAAUCAAUUUGCCGCAGUAUUCACAAGCACAAAGAUCUCCAAUUUUCUAAUUUUGUUGUAGCGAUUUCCGGGAAUUGAAGCAAUGGCUUGCUUUAACACAAUCGUUUUUGUGUUGGCCGGAUUGGCUUCUUCCAGUGCCUGCAGCAUUUUUGUAAGCGAAGUCAACGACGGCGAAAAAAGCUUUAUUGUCGAUAAACACAACGAGCUUCGGAGGCUUAUAGCAAACGGCGCCGUCGAAGGACAACCAAGGGGAGUAAACCUGAAAGCAUUGAAAUACGACGAUGCUCUUGCCGGAGCAGCUCAGCAGAUUGCCAACAGCUGCGUGUUUGCCCAUCAAACCGUCACUGAUAGUAGGUGGCAAGCCGUGGGACAAAACCUCUACAUAUAUAUGUCGACCGCAUACGAUACAGCAUCCGACUGGGAUUCCGCUAUCCAGGACUGGUUCAACGAGCAUCAAUUUUACACCUUCAAUAACGGUUUCGAUAGUGCCACCGGACACUAUACCCAGCUCGUGUGGGCCGACACAGAAUACGUAGGUUGUGGAUACGCAGCUUAUGAAACGAACGAGGCUUAUCCUUAUCAGAAGCUUUACGUUUGCAACUACGGACCUGCGGGCAACUAUAUAGGCCAGUAUCCCUAUCAAACCGGCGACUCUGGCUGUGAAAACUUGUGUUAAGUAUCCAGCUCACACUACGUCAAAUUGCCAAAGAGACAAUUCCUAGUGUACCGCUUGCCAGUAGAUGAGAAACAUAGCAAUAGUACCUAAUUAUUUAUUUAUUUAACUGUGAGCAAAGUAAAAUAGACAUUUCAUCUUCA